UUCUCCCUCCUCAGGAAACCCUGCAAGCUCGGAUCGCUACUACAAGAAUAUUUGUCUCAGUGGAUUAUCCUCAUUGUCAGGAGCCCAGCCAGAAUGAAACUAGUUCACGUAGCCCUGCUCUAUCUCAGCUCUGUGACCUUCUUCGGGGUGGAUGCUGCGAGGGUGGAUGUAACGACAGAGUUCAAAAGAAAAUGGACGAAAUGGGCACUGAGCCGAGCCAAGCGGGACGUGAAGCCUUCGGGCGCGCUCCGAGGACUGGGGGUAGCCGCUGCCGUGCAGCCGUUCAUACGGACCCAGGACGUGAAGGAGGAUCCCCGAGUCUCGCAUCCUAGCAGCCGGGAGGAUGCUCACAUCCGCGUCAAGCGGUACCGUCAGAGCUUCAACAGCUUCCCCCACUUCCAAGGCAUCCGCACGGGCUGCCGGUUCGGAACGUGCACGGUGCAGACGCUGGCCCACCAGAUCUACCAGCUGACCGACAAGGAUAAGGACGACACUGCCCCCCCCAGCAAGAUCAGCCCCCAGGGCUACGGCCGCAGACGGCGCUCCUUGUCCGACCGCCGCAGUCCGCUGCGAGCUCCCCGGGCAGGGCGGCGUCCCCGGAGACGGCGGGCGCAGCCCCUCGUCCCCGUCCUCGGAGUCUGA